GCCUGCGCCGUGCGCGAGGUGCGCCGGCAGAGGCGGCUGCAGGACGGCGACCUCGGCCUGCGCCCCGCCGCCGAGCGCGGCGACGUGGCCGGGGGCGGCGCGGCCGGCGCCGAGGCGGCCGCGGGCGGCGGCAGCAGCCGGUACUUGUCGGAGCUGCUGGGCCUCGCGUGCGGGCCGGAGCUGCUGCGCCUGCGGCUCUACCCGGACGCCAAGGAGCUCACGGAAAGCUUCGCCGCGUUCCGGGCCGUCCGCGAGCACCUGGGCUCGGCGUUCUCGCCGGGCGACGCCAGCGUGACCGUCGUCUGCGUCGGCGACGGCUCCUGCCCGCGCACAGCGGCCCUGUUCGCGUUCCGGACGAAGUGGAGGUGCCUCGCCGUCGACCCGCAGAUGCGGGAUCCGGGGCAGAGCUGGGGGGGCGUGGAGCGGCUGGAGGCCGUCUGCGCCAAGAUCGAGGAGUGCAGGUACUCCGCGGAGAGGCUGCUGCUGGUGUGCGUGCACGCCCACGUCGGCCUCCCCGAGUGCCUGGGCGCGGUGGAGUGGACGCACGCGCUCGGCAUCGUGCCAUGCCAUGCUGCAAUUUCUACACGCGGCUGCGGCUGCCCUCCAGCGCUUGCGGCCCCGCCGAGGGGGAUCAGCCGCCACCCCCGGAGCUGCUGGCGGAGUAUCACGACGCUGGCGUGGUGUCGCCUCACAGACUUGUGCGUGUCUACCUGCGCGAGUCUUGAAACGGAUGCUUCGCUCUGGCGAGGGGCAGCAGCA